AACAACGACACCAUGGACUACGCACGCAUGUCAGAUCGAAGGCUGUUGGAGGUCAUCGUCGAGACGCCAGGCCCUGAUGAUUCUGGCCAGUCAGACAGCAACGACGACCCCCUGUCGUGCAGCGACUCAGACAACGAGAACGACACCGGUUCUUCUCCUCCAAAAGAAGGCCCAGGCUGGUUUACGAGAAAGCUCGACUAUCAGCUUUACCAACGCGGCUUCUUGAGUAUCUUGAGGAAUGCUGCAAGGGCCGUCCUUGUCGACAUGAUGCGAAACUACGCUCGCAACUGUCACAUUGCAUACAAGCGCUAUGCCGGCAUCUACUUCAAGGCAGGGAGACACUUCAUGCUCUCUUACACGAAUAAGAACACGCUCUGGCACGCUCAGCAGGCCGUCGUCCUGUACGAAGAUGUCUUUCUCCACGGCAAUAGCGGCCGUAGAGUAAACUCUGUUGUGCCCACCAACGGUCAGAGGACCACUCGCCAUAGACUCCUGGCCCUGGCUCUCAGAAGAUCAAUUGAGAUGCAUCAGAUCGUUCUCGACACCGUCGGUCGUAUGCUUGAGCGCCUUGAGUCCCGUCAAGACUUGCACACCCCCAGGUUCGCCGCUCUUAGCCUCCAGCGCGAGGAGUACUCUCAAGUCAUCGCCACGCUCGUGAUCAGAUACGAAGGUCACAUGGAAGCCGGCCCUCAGGUCACCGACGACGACCCGAAUCCUGAGUCUCAGAAGGCAUCCGAAGACGACAUCUUUAAAGAAGACAGGCUGCCGGAGUAUAAGCAGGAAGUGAUGGAAAGAGAGAAGGAGUACGAGCGUCUGUGGAAGCUCGCAGUCGAGGAGGCAGAGAGGCUAGUUGGCCCUGAUGGACUGCCAGCUCUUGAGGGCCCUCCUGGCAACAUGGAUCCCGAAGAGGUCAUGGCCAGCUUCUGCAAGACCGUCAUUGCGGGAUACCCUGAGGAUAUCGCUAACUGCUGAUCAUUGAUUGGCCUCGAGAGCACACUCGGUGGUACCCCUUAGUGUAGAAAUACGAUAUGUUUCAGUGUGUCCUAUCAAGUUGUCCAUCAAAAUGCACAUUGUUUUCCACUGUCAAAGGAAAGUCC